UAGGACUCUUCACAGCUCUUGUUCUGGACUGAAUGUUUUUGUCCCUCUAAAAUUCAUAUGUUGAAAGCCUGACUCCCAAUGUGACGGUAUCAGGAGGUAGGGUCUUUGGGAGGUGAUUAGGUCAUGAGGGUACAGCUCUCAUGAAUGGGAUUCAUGUUCUUAUAAAAGAGGCUCCAGAGAUCUCUCUUGGCCCUUCUGCCAAGUGAGGACAUGGUGAGAAGAUGGUUGCGUUUAUGAACCAGGAAGCAGGUCCUUACUGGACACUGAAUCUGCUAGUGCCUUGAUCUUGGACUUCUAGGGUCCAGAACUGUGAGAAAUAUAUGUUGUUUGAGCCACCCAUUCUGCCAUUUCCUCAUUGCAUCUGGGAGAGCGAGAUGGAUCACCAGCAGCUCUACUGGAGCCAUCCGAGGAAAUUUGGCCAGGAUUCUCGUUCUUGCCUCGUCCACUCAAACUGGCACGGUCUGAUCUGGAAAUACAGCCUCAACAGGUGCUGCCAGUGUUUCCAUCAGUACUAAAAGGAUAUAGGCUUCAUUAAGUUGGAUUAAAUGACCUUCCUUGAAUGGAUCAACCAAGAUACAUACUUUAAUUGCAGAUACCCAAGAUAACCUAGCUUAAUGCCAACUCAUUACAUACAAUACAUAAAAUAAAAUGUACAUAAAAUAAAAAUACUUCAAUUAUGACUAUUUUGAAGUGAAAAUAAAAAGCCACCCAGUCUAUUAUUUUAUUAGAGCAGCCCAAAUGGGUUAAGGUAGUUCUCAUGGAUACACUUGGGAAGGCGAGGCACAUGUGAUGGAAAUGUGAUAUAUUUUUCCUAUGAAGGCUUUCACCUAAAGAGGAAUCUGGUGACCAAGGGGAGAAAUCAGGCUAAGUGGAAACACCUCUCAGAGCAAUGCAGCGCAUGAAGCUGAUGG